UGAGCCCCGCCCACCAAAACAGACGAGCGUGUCUCGAGCUCGCGGCUACACUGUAUUACUCUCUGUUCAGCUGCCAGACGUUUGUGCUCCUCCCAUAACGAUGGAUUUGACCCUAAUCUCAAGCAUCAUUCUAACCCUCGCCCUCCCAUUGCAUUGUGGGAAGAUCCUGGUGUUUCCUCACGAAGGCAGUCACUGGGUGAACAUGAACGUCCUGAUCCGUGAGCUUCACUCCAGGGGUCAUCAGAUCACGGUGAUCCGGGCCCUCGACAGCUGGUACGUCUCCGAGACCUCGCCUCACUACGCCUCGAUGACCGUGCCGUUCUCCCUGGGCGGAGACGACGAGUUCUACAGCGCUUUCAUUACCAAACAACUACAGAUCAAACGCGAGCGUCAGUCGGCGUGGACCAGAUUCAGACUCGACAUGGACCUCAAGGACCGGUUUUCCGAAAUGCACAGGAAGAUUUGCGAAAUGGUGAUGUAUAUAAUGGAGAGCGAUCCCGCGCUGUUGGAACGCAUCGAGCAAGCUAACUUUGACUUGAUGCUGACGGAUCCGGCGAACGGAGGAGGCGUUGUUCUCGCGCGAUAUCUAAAUCUCCCGCUCGUUUUUAACGUCCGGUGGACGGUUCACGGAGAAGCGCAUUUCGCAAUCGCCCCGUCUCCUCUAUCCUACGUUCCCUUCCCUCUAUCUCAGCUCACCGACAACAUGACGUUUCUUCAGAGGACGUAUAACGUGUUGUUUUACUCUCUUCGGAUGUUCCUCUACAAGCGCAUCGUCGGCCCUCAUUACAGCGCGUUGUGCAACCGCUACUUCGGCCCUGAUUUGGAUUAUUUUGAGUUAUUUCAAGCUGCUGAUAUUUGGCUCAUGCGAGUCGAUUUUGUGUUUGAGUUUCCUCGUCCGACUAUGCCGAAUGUCGUUUACAUCGGCGGUUUUCAAUGCAAACCUGCAAAAGCGCUUCCGGUUGACAUUGAGGAGUUCGUGCAGAGCUCUGGAGAGCACGGCGUUAUUAUCAUGUCUUUAGGAACGCUAGUCGCGCAACUUCCGCGGGAUAUCGCGGAUGAAAUAGCCGCUGCGUUUGCUCAGCUUCCCCAAAAAGUGAUUUGGAGAUACACCGGAGAGCGGCCGUCUACUUUAGGCAACAACACGUUACUGGUUAACUGGUUACCGCAGAAUGAUCUCUUAGGACAUGUGAAGACUAAGGUUUUUGUGUCUCAUGGAGGAACUAAUGGUAUUUUUGAAGCUAUUUACCAUGGCGUUCCUCUAGUCGGGUUACCGCUUGUUUUCGAUCAGGAUGAUAACAUUUCAAAAAUGAGACAUAAAGGUGUUGCUAAAGCUGUGGAUAUAGCCACCAUAGAUAGAGGUAUAUUUAAAGAUGCGUUAGAGGAAGUGAUUAAUGAGCCGUCGUACAGAACAAACAUGCAGAAACUGUCGAUUCUCCACAGAGACACGCCGUUGACUCCAUUAGACAGCGCCCUCUUCUGGAUGGAGUUUGUCAUGAAACACAGAGGCGCUGCUCACCUGCGCACAGACUCUUAUAAGAUGGCCUGGUACUCGUACUACUGUGUCGAUGUCGCCGUGUUUUUAGUGUUGAUUGUGUCGUUUGUAGUUUUUAUUGUAUUUAAAGUGAUUGGAUGUUUAUGUUGCUGGUUAUGUGCAAAAAGAAAACGAGCAAAGCAAGAUUAAGUUUGAA